GCCCGCCGCGACGCCGCGCCGGGGGCUCCAGCAUGUCGGAGCUGAGGCAGAGAGGGGCCCGCGAGCCGGACGCACUGCCCGAGGACAAGGAGCCGGGAGUGAAGCUAGAUGGAGAGACUGCGUCAGACAGUGAGGGCCGAGGGGAAGCUGCUACCCUACCCGCCUCUGUAGACGAUACCCCAGAGGUCCUCAACAGGGCCCUGUCCAACUUGUCCUCGAGAUGGAAGAACUGGUGGGUGAGAGGCAUCUUGACGUUAGCCAUGAUUGCAUUUUUCUUCAUCAUCAUUUACCUGGGACCAAUGGUUUUAAUGAUUAUUGUAAUGUGUGUUCAGAUUAAAUGUUUCCAUGAGAUCAUCACUAUUGGCUACAAUGUCUACCACUCCUAUGACCUACCCUGGUUCAGGACCCUCAGCUGGUACUUCCUACUGUGUGUAAAUUAUUUCUUCUAUGGUGAAACAGUGACGGAUUACUUCUUCACUCUGGUCCAGAGAGAGGAGCCUUUGCGAAUUCUCAGUAAAUACCACCGGUUCAUUUCCUUUACUCUCUAUCUAACAGGAUUCUGCAUGUUUGUCCUGAGUCUGGUUAAGAAGCAUUACCGUCUGCAGUUCUACAUGUUUGGCUGGACCCAUGUGACAUUACUGAUUGUUGUAACCCAGUCACAUCUUGUGAUCCACAACCUGUUUGAAGGAAUGAUCUGGUUCAUUGUCCCCAUUUCUUGUGUGAUCUGUAAUGACAUCAUGGCCUAUAUGUUUGGGUUCUUUUUUGGUCGGACCCCGCUCAUCAAGCUGUCCCCCAAGAAGACCUGGGAGGGUUUCAUCGGGGGCUUCUUUGCUACUGUGGUCUUCGGCCUUCUGCUGUCCUAUGUGAUGUCGGGGUACAGAUGCUUUGUCUGCCCCGUGGAGUACAACAACGACACCAACAGCUUCACUGUGGACUGCGAGCCCUCGGACCUGUUUCGCCUGCAGGAGUACAACAUCCCUGAGGUGAUCCAGUCGGCCAUCGGCUGGAACACUGUCCGGAUGUACCCCUUCCAGAUUCACAGCAUCGCCCUCUCCACCUUUGCCUCGCUCAUUGGCCCCUUUGGCGGGUUCUUUGCAAGCGGAUUCAAACGAGCCUUUAAAAUCAAAGACUUUGCCAAUACCAUUCCUGGCCAUGGAGGCAUCAUGGAUCGAUUUGACUGCCAAUAUCUGAUGGCCACCUUUGUCAAUGUCUACAUUGCCAGUUUUAUCAGGGGCCCCAACCCAAGCAAACUGAUUCAGCAGUUCCUGACCUUGCGGCCAGAUCAGCAGCUGCACAUCUUCAACACGCUCAAGUCUCACCUGGCCGACAAGGGGAUGCUGACAGCUGUCACGGAGGAUGAGUAGGGCCAGCAGGGCCGGGAGAGCAGCAGUAGGACUGAGCAAGGGGCGGGGCUCCAAGAGAAGCCCAGCUGUGUGACUUAGACAAUGACAAGGCUUUUAACUCACUCUUUUUUUUUUUUUUUUGGUAGAGUAUUUUUAUUUGUGAGUUAAAAAAAAUUGUAUAUAUAUACUCUAUGUGCUUAUAAUUUGGGUUGUGAGUAAACUACAGCUUUGAGUUGGAAAGAAGUCACAGGGUAAAACCAUUUGGGUUUUUAAAUGAAACACCAGUUUUAACAACCUGGAGAACAGUGUUGCCCAGCUUGGGUGCACCUGCCCGGGGCUUCUGGCUCCAGUCGAGUGAACUGUUUCUGGGCUCCAUCAGAGAGUGCUCCUCUGUGUCUGACCAGUUCAGGGGCCCCCUGCCUGUCUUUGUAGUGUAGCUGCCCCCAGCAGGGAAGAAGUACAAGGCUUGGAUGCCAUGCCUUUGCUUCUGGAGAGCUUGCACCUGGCUACGGGAGGCCUUUUGUAGGCCAGAGGGACAGAGGCUUCUUCAUCACAUGAAGUCCUGUGGAGUGUGAGUUCUGCUUUAUGGUGUGUGUUCACCUUAUUUCAUCACAGACUGAAAGGCUUUUUCAUUUUCUUCAGAAAGCAUGAAUAAUUAUAGUAGUCGGUGGGUGGGGGGAAGCACUGCAAUUUUUCAAGUGUGCACAGCGGAACGUACUGUAACUGAGCCCUUUCCUGCAGGUUGUAGGCUCUCGUGGGGCAGUCCAGCUAACUGUCUUUUCAGGGACAACGCCGUUCAUGUGUGUAUUGUAGACGUGUUGCUGCUGAUCCUCUCGGGAGCUUCCUGUUGGGCAGGGAGCUGGGGGCUUCUUCACGCACCCUUUGCCUGACCGACCACCCGUGUAGCUGCUGGCUGCUGUGUUGUGUAUAUCUGACUUAAGGCAAGUGUGUGUGUGUGUGUGUGUGUGUGUGUGUGUGUGUGUGUGUGUGUGAAAAAUCACUUCUUAGAGUGAUUUCCAUUGUACCAUGACUUCUUCACUGAGACCAUGAAGUUCCGCCUAAAACUCUGGAAACCCUAAUCCCGUUAGAGGUUUGAAGACUGGGAAAGUUAAAUGCACAUUUUUUAAACAAUGUGACCAGUUUAAAUAUAGUUUGCAUUUUACUGGGGGACCUUUGCUUUGUUUUUAAACUGUGAUUUUUUUUUUCUUUUUUUUUCCCCCUUCCUAAUUUCAGGAGUGAUGUUGAUUUGGGGAAGACAAGUUUUUUUUGUCAGACUUUAAGCCAGGGAGGACGGGAGAGAACUUGGUGCCCAGACGUUUUAAAUUAUUCCAUGCUAGGGUUGUUCCUGUUGCCAAAUGAGGGUGUCGUGGCUUGCUUCAGUACCUCGGUCUGGUGCUGCUUUGUUUUGCUUAGUUCUCAGCCAGCCCUCCGCGUCCCUGAAGGCUCACAGCCAGCCCAGAUCACUGCUGUGUCCAGCACGGGGCAGACCCCCUGGAUGCUUCAGCUCAGUCAUUGGGUGACGACCUCUGCGCACAGGCAGCAUCGAAGCAGCUUCUUUCUUAAGAACUUUUACUUCCGUUGUAGCAUAUGGCAUUUCUCUUUCAAGUCCAAGGUCCCCUGAAAAGCAAAAUUUUUUUGCAUAAGGUUUCAGCCCUAGUCAUGUGACCGCCCUGAGCAGACAUCCCUCUCUGGGCUCCUGAUAUCACAGCAGCCAUCUAAUUCCAGUAUUUUGUGAUCCCAGCUGAGCAGGCUCUUGUCACCAGAGGUUGCUGUGGGCAUUAAGUCAUGACCUGGGCACCCAGAAAGUAUAGGCUUUUAGGCCUUUUCUAAAUGCUCGUCCUUGAAAUAACCCAGUAUCUCAACAACGGAUUAAACAGUGGAGGUGAUGGGUAAUGAAUUUAGUUUCCUUAUUGAAGGAUGAAGUUGCUCCCAAACCAGAGACAGAAGGACACCUCAUUUGUCUCGUGUGGCCUCACUGGGGGUAUGUGGUGGGUCCUUGGGAGUUGGGAGUCUCAACGAGGGCCCCGCAGUCCAGAGCCCUCCUAAGAGUGCUGCCUUGGGGAUCAGGGCUCUGCCACUGUUUAAUCUGGCAGUGUUUAAUCUGGUGCCUGGCACAUUCCUCUUUUAAGGGGGCCUGAGAUCCUAUAAACUGAAAAUGGAUGCUCUUCGAGCAGCCGGCAAGGCCAGAGGGCUGUCUUGGGGAUUUCCCCACAAGCUUUCUGGUGAAAUAGGAAUUUCCUAGUUAAGUAACUAGGAGACCAACACCACCUUGCAUUUUUCUUUCUCCCAGUUGCUGAAAAUAUUUUGCCAUACAGACAAGAUUCAGGAGACUAUUAAGUAUCAUACACUUGUGCAUAUCUUAAUGGAUGAUAUAAUUUGCUUUGGAUCCUUUUUUUUUUUUUUGGUGAGAAAUAAAAUGUGAUGGAAACUGUGUGCCAUUCAUUUUCUCAUUUCCAUGCAUGGUUUUAUGUUCCCCAUUUGUUUUUGUAUUUGUAAAUACUAUGCUGUCCUGAUUUAACGAUUUUUAUUUGUUUUGUGGAUCCUGAGCCCGGGACUGUGGAGAACUGUGGAAACAGUGGAAACUGUGGAGUUUCCCUAGGGUCCUGUUGAGUUGAGAUUUACUUCUCUUGUGCUCUGCCUGGCAGUACAAGGAUUAGGUUGUCCCCGGCCUGACUUUCUUUGGCAAAUGUGGCAUAGGGCCCUGAAAAUUUUGCAACAUUAUUUCCCUCAAGCUUUGGUGCCUGGCCUGUGCACCAGGUUGGAGCUUAAAUUGUUGUGAGCUCAGAGCUAGUGACAUAAGGAGCUGAUGAACAGAGGUGUUGCAGAAGCUAGGGAGCAUUAGCAGAGGGUGGGCCAUCAGCACGCACAGCCGGCUGUCCUCCCUGCCUGGAGAGUACCCCCCACCUCGCAGUUGCCCAUAGGGCCCUCAACUGCUCUCAGCACUGGAACAGCACACUGAAGUUUACUCCUGAAAGUGAAACCCUCUAAGGCAGCCUGGACCUUACUUAUGUUUGUUAUUUUUUGCCUGUUUGAUAUCCUCAGCAUUUUUGUAGCUAUACUAUCAUGAUAUUUAAAAUGUAUUUACUCUGAGUGUCGUACAAUUCUGUAAUGUGUGUUUGAAGCUAGUGUCCCUUUGUAGGGGUGAAGUGUAACUUUUAACCUUACACAGGUGGACUUUGAAACCAUUUUUAUGGUAUUUUUCCCCCACUGGACUUUUUCUACCGUAACUUAUAUAUUAUGCAAGAAGAUUCCAAAAGUGUAAUUUAAAGGAGACUAAAUAAUGAUUGGCGUUUCAGCUAGUUGCUGAGUUGGCUAGAGCCUGGUUCGAGUGGAUCCUCGGAUUCAUAUGUUUAAGCUGUUGGCACCCGGCAGGUUGAAGAGUGUCCCAGGUGUUGCCAGGGGUACAUGGGGGGCUGUGAAUGACUUAGGACAAAGAGCAUCACUGUUGAAAAACCACAGCAGUGGCCUUGCUCCUUAGGAAGCCAGCCCAAGGUCGUUCCCAAGGGGGUAGAUUUUCGUUGUUCUAUCACAUGUCACUGCCGAAGUCUCUUCCUGUUCUACUGUCUUAGGCACCAUCCUUGCCUUUCGUCUUUGGGAAUGACAUGCAGCCACCGUGGCCACCUUUCUCGUGUGUUGUGAUUAUGUACUGAGAAAAGGGUGGCGUGGAAGGUGCCACUGCCCUUAGGCCCAGGGUUCUUCCAGCGUCUGGAUGGGGACUGGCACAGAGAAGGUAUGCAGGUGACCAUCGUGCACACACCGCAGGGCUCAGCUGAGCAGGCCUCUGUGCUUGUCUGCAGCGGGCUCCAGGAGAGCAGCUGGACCCAACCAGCAGCUCCCUGAAGAGGGUCUCGUGCUUGAGUAGAUGCUUAUUAGGUUGUCCUUGUCUUGGUCAAAACAGACUUCCUUUUCCUCACGUCUCCUCCUAGUUGCCCAGCUUCCGAUUUUUAAAUAGAUAACAGCUCCUGCUUUCUGACUUGGUCUCCCUUGUUGAGUAGCGGCCUUGUGGCAUGACUGGGGUUUGGGCCAAAUGGUGAUGAAGGAGCUUAGUUGAAGGGCUCCUUUCCCCCACCCUAGAAAAGAUAGACCCAUUUCCAGUGAGAAACAGAGCCCUGGCUGCUGACUGCUGCUUCCUUCCAUGUGAAGCUUCCUCCCAGCUCCCUGGGCUCCCUCCCCAGGCUGACUUGCAGGACCAUAUCCACCUGGGCUCUGGGUGGGCCUGGGUUCUGGCUCUUCUCACCUGGGGCUGCCUCUUGCAGCAGGCUUUUGUCUGUUUGUACAUGGACAAAGAUAACAGCUGUAGGACCAUUGAGGGGUAUACUUUGGAUGCCGAAAUGGGGUUCCUAGAGCAUGUGGAUGAUUUAUGAAUCCAGAGAGGCAAGAUAUGUGAUGUCUGGGAUUUUGUGGCCAGUGAAUUUCGAAUCCAUUGGCUGUUGGAAAACCCUGUCCCCUCUUCUACUUCUCUACCAGAUGCCUAUCUGCUGAGGCUCCUUUUUAUUCUUGAGCCAAUAAGAUACCAGCAAUGUUUAUUAACAAUAAUUGCAGUAAGAGAAAUGUGCUUAAUAUGUGCCAGGCACAGUGCUGAGUGUACGUGCAUUAUCCUCUUGAAUGCAGAAAGCAACCUUUGAUGAGGUAAUACUCCAUGGAGAUGAGGAAACGGGCAUUGAGCAGGCUGGCACGGGGUUGAAACUUCUGGCUCAAAUAGCCAUAGGUCAAGGUCACUAGAUGCAACUCCUACCCAGUUAGGGCUGAUGCUAGCACCUCCAUGGCAGAUUGUUGGGAGGUUUUUAUGAAAUAAUGCACAUCAGCAUUUAGCACAGGGCCUGGCCCAUAUAGUCGCUCAAUAAAUGAUACUUUUUAUUGAAUUAGCUGGUCAUUGAACCCAUAAUUGGUGGCCCAGUUCAGCCACUACACUGCCACCCGCCCUGCUUUACAGUCCAGAAAGCGGCACACCGACCUUCUAGGAGAAGCAAUCCAACCAUAACACCCCCACAGCGCCUGAGUGCUUCGCACUGGAAAGACAGCUUGACAAAGGGAGAGAGGACAUGGGGUGUUCAGAAACUCCCCAUUUGCAGUGGAAAUGGAAUGGUUUGCCGAGGCCCACUUCCCCGGGGCUGCACUGCCCGAGUGGAGGCACCCUUUCCUCUUGCCUGGUGGUGCUCCACUCCGGGCAGUGAGGGUCUGUCCAUGACCCCCUGGACCCCACUUCCACCUCUGGUCAAGGAUAGCAGUCCCCUGCACAGAUGGACAUCUCAGGGCCCAGGAGGAGUGGGGAGGACGAAGCUCUGUAGCAGAUUAUAAUGCAGCCCGGAAAGCCCGCAGGCUCUGCCCUCACCCUCACAGCGCAGUAAGUCGGGCAUCUUGGAUUUCUUGUGUUCCUAGAAGUACAUUGGGUAAGAAGCAGGGGUCACUUGGGGGUUGAUUGUGGAGUGUUCUGCUGGGUUCUAGGUCAGCAAAGGAUCAAAUGGACCAUUCAUGGAGAACAGGCACUGGAUCAGUGGAAAGUAUUUCUAUAACUUGGUUUUUUCAAAUGGAAGCGGCAGGGCAGGGAAGGAGGUGCGUGUGAGGUGGAAGGGUCUUCCUGUGAAGGGGUGAUGUUGACACAGAGGACCUGUGAGUGGGAUAAUGAUGUAGAACUACUGGCUGGGCUGGGGGUUAUUUCCCUAGUCUUAGUGGGGAAUGAAGACCAGACGCAAAGACCUAUGGCUAGUAUUUAAAUGAUCUCUCCAAUUAAUAAGUGACCUAAGGGCUGACAGGAAGCAGGAGAACAUGGUUGUGGAGGGUUCAGUAAGAGCAGCUGGGACGGGCUCACUCUGGCUGUCCCUUAAAGUCCUCUUGCCUUUCUGGUCUCGUGUUUGGCAGGCUCGGAAUUUUCUCCCUUCUCGUUGCAUCUGAUGGGCCCAGGCUGCUUUUGAUGUACAGAGAACAGGCUCCCUCUGGGCAUCAUGCUGAAAUGUCCCUGCAGUAGUCUCCCAGGCACUGGGGGGAGAGGGGCCUAGAUUUCGCAGCCUCCAGAGGGUUCUCCCUCUAUGUCUACUAAGAGGCCUUAGUUGGGUUUAGCCGCCUGGUGAUUCUGGCCGAAGUGAAUCAUGUUUGUUGAUACCAUCCACAUUGUCUCUGUCUCUGUUCCUCAUUGGGUUCAUGCGCUACUUGUGCUGACUUCGUGCAAUACAUGUAGAAUAAAGAGAAAGUUAAGAAUAUCUUCCAGCAGGCACAGUGUGUGCAUGUGUUUUUUUAAGGGUGUCCUCUGUGUGCUGUUUCAUUUAACUCCAUAUAGAGCAUCAUGUGACUGCCUGGGGUCCCACGGGCUGGCGUGUGUGGGGGCUGGUUACAGAAGAAAGAGCUGAGCAGACAUCAGGGCCUGUUAGACCAAAGGACUUGGAACCAAGAGAACAAGGCAGGGACAGGAUGCAGCAGUUGGCUGUCCAGCUAGAGGAGUGUCCAGAAGCCUGGGGGCAGUAGCAAGAGGACUGGGGGUCUGGAGUCCUGCAGCUGAGGGCAGACUAAGGAGGCCAGCCCCACGUCCCAUGUGGCUGAGCGCCAGCAAGUAGGCCCAGAAAUCUUCCAGGGAGAUUCAGAGCUCCUGGAUGUGGAGUAUCUUCUGAUGCUGAUAGCAAGUUUGACUUUUUAUUAAUGUAUUAUACUUUCCAAAACAGUAGGGGAAGACUAAAGUGCAGAGACAGGAAGCCCCUCUGUUGAAGAGUUGGGGACCCCAGUGGUCUGUGUUGGUUGGCAUCGCUGUGGGCAUCCUCAAGUCUGUUCAUUUGGAGGGUCUAUUCAAUGAGAAAGUUUCCCAAACGUAGAAAUGGCCUCCCCACCCACUUUGGGGUGUCAGGUAGUCACAUAGCCCCAUCACUGCCAACAUCUGUGCCACGCAGGGAUCGGCCCUGUUUCCCCGGCCUGUGCUCCCCUAACCCAAGUUAGUUUCUCGCCCCACCGUGUAUGUGGACGGACACUGUGGGACUUGGCUACCCGGCCCUGACAGGCUGGUGUAUUCAGUUCCCUGUCCUCAGACUCCGUAGAAUAGCUUUUCGGUGUGUGGAGCCCACGUGACAGUCCCUACAACCUCCCCCAAUAGGUGUGUGCCUGUGUGCUGCUGCUCUGCCCUCUGGCUGACUUGGCGUUUCACUAAAUCCACGUGCUUUUGCCAUAGCCGACCUUUCCAUGUCUGAUCAGUGUUGACAAUACAUGUAGAUUCAUUUUCAGCCCAAUGUCACAACGUGACCUACUGUACAUUGCAGAGUGUUUACCUUAUUUAUAUACCUGAAUGUUCCUAUUACACAAAUAAACAUCUAUUAAA